UGUUGGUUCCACAUGGAGCAAGGGCAAGAUGCAAAUAAUAUGUUUUAUUCAAGAGGUCAAUAUGCCUGUCUUCCUCAAUUUAUGAUGUUUGGUUUCUAUGGUUACUUAUCAUACAAUUUGCGUAACAGAGGUGAUGAAUGCAUUUAAGUACGCAUUUAUUUUUGGCAAAUUUUCCCCUUGAAAUGUGAUGCUGGUUGGUCUGAUUGGUCUGAUUUGGUCUGAUUGGUCAUUGGUUAACACCAUUGUCUAUGAAUAGAUGGCAGCACAAUACAGUCGUAACGGAGUUGAUAAAAAUGUAUCGAGCUAUCUUUGGAAAUGAAGAUAUGUUCACAACCAGGAGUAUCAUAGAACUACACUAUGUCACUGUGGAGAAUGAUGAAGCUAUUGAGUGGCAAGCCUCAAGAACUUGCCUGGUGUCCAACAGCAGUGCACAUACUACUGAGGUGACAUGUCCAGCAGCAGGUCAGUUUGGCUUUGCAGUGAAACACGUGUUAUCAGAUGUGACGGAUCCAGUUCGCUAUAUCACCGUAUCUAACAAUCACGCUUGCUACUCCUGGUACCUAGUUGUUAGUAGUGUGGAAAAAGAUUGGUCAAGACAAAAUCUAGAAUUGAAGUUAUGGAUUUUAGAUGUUCUGCACCAGAGUGUGGGUGAAACCAAUAGGACAAGUUUGCAGCCAUCUCAGUACUCAGCAAGCAUCACUCGAGUAUUUUACACCAGGGGGCAGGACCCAACGCUCUCAGAAAUGCUUCACAAUGCAGACGACUUUAAAGACUGGUUCUCUCCACUGAAAUUUGACGAGGCUUGCAGCUGUUGGAUGUUUACAAGUAACUCUCAGUCUAGUAUGGCCAUGCACCAUCAGUUAGCAGUGAAGAUCAGCGGGAGUUUGUUCGGUCUGUACGACUGUUUUGUCGACGAUACUGUUGUAAUGCUGACCAUGCCAAAGUUUCCACUACCUGCUGCGGGAGCUGACGAUCCUGAUGUGUUCAUAGCAGCAGUAGCGACCCCUAUUGCCAUCAGGGAUGCCUGUGAUGAGAAUGUCGCAGCUAUAGUGGGCACCGACUCCUUUCUUCUUACACAGGACAACUUCAGGACCGUGACCAAAGUCAGAAUCCCAGAACAGGCUCUUGGUUCGCGGUCCAUCCUAUCUGCUGCCUUCAGUUCCAACCACGUCGCCUUGCUUACCGACGAUGCUCUCUACAUGUGUGGAGAUGAAGGGAACUCCUGCCUGUCUGCUGAAGGAUUACCAGCUACAGGAUUGCUGGGUGUGAAAGGGCGAGACUGGUGCUUCAUGGGCUUGUCUAGUGGGGGCAUGAACAAGAUGUUUGCGGUCUGGAAUGCCAGCUCCGUGUUCAUAAAUAAUCCGGACAAUUUUGGAACAUUUGUGGAACUAGAUCUUCCCACGGAUUUGCUGCCAGGCAUUCCGGCUAUUGUACAUCAUGUUGCAUUUGGAGCAAGUGAUCAUUUAAUUGGAGCCAUGGUCUCCCCUGCUAGUGACGUGUCGCAGGUGCUACUGCUGGAGUUUAACAUGCAAGAUGUUAGCUGGACUGCGACAGAACUGCAGAUACAGAACCAUGAGCAGCCUGAUGACUUCAGGGCAGGGCUGAUGUAUCUUCUUGCUGGCGUUCCAACCUACCUCUACUGGUCACCAUUUACGAUGUUCAUGCAGACCACUCGCGUGGCAGGAGGUGCCUCGGAUGACAUGUUGCUCUACUCGACCACCCUGUCCCAGGAGGCCAUCCAGCAGGUUGCGGCUACACACGGUGACUACCUAAUACAGCUCGACAACAACAAAGCAUUGUUUGGGAAAAUGGGCCUACAGUCAACAGUACAGAUAGAGUUGGGUUACCUGAGUGACAGCAAGGUGGCGCUAGUGUAUGAUGCGAUGGGGGCGCCCUACGCGUUGACAGCGACCGACGGCACCGUCGACGUGCGAAAGCUGCCGCUGCGAAAUGAGAUAGAGAGCACCCUCUAUCCAGAGAGGAAGUGUCAGUACAUACACUUUGACCAUAACGUCACGUCGCUCCUCUACCAUCUGGACUUGGGCGAAACUUUGUUGCUGUGGGCAUCGGUCGUGUACAAGGCAACCUAUGCUCAGUCUGUUCGGAUACUAAGUCAUGGCUCCACGUGUCUGGUGUGUGAGCCGACAACAACGUCAUUACAGGGUGGUCACAAUAUUCUAGCGCAGAAUACGACUUUCCUGUUCCACCUGGAUGGAAAGUACAUGGAGAACACCUCUUAUGGAGACUGGUCUUCCAACAGCACAGGAAUCGUGUCCUUCGAACUUCGCCCGGAAUUGUUCGAUGUAGACUGUCCGUCUCCCGUCCAAGUGGUAGCGCAGAUAUCGGUGGGUUGCCAUCCCAGUCGCCACAUCAGGGUCUACAGAGCCGAUGGCAACGGCACCUGUGAAAGGCUGUACAACUAUACGAUAUCGGCACGCCAUCUGUUGGACGAAAAGGAGGAUGUCGUGGAGGAAUACGACUGGGAUGCGCUGGGAUGUCCGCACAUGGCCCACAUCAAAGAAAAAUAUGUGCCCGUGCUACACAUGUAUGACGGCGACGUGUUCGUGAAGCAGGUUCACGCGGACUUUGUGAUGUGGGAGGAGCGACGGAGGAGCGACUAUGCGUACAGCGCCACCAUGGGGGAUGUCGGCUGCCUGCGCGAAGCACAGACGUGGGCUGCGAUGAUGGCGGCGGCGCCCCCUAGCACCAACCUCAGCGCCACCUGGUCCACGCAGAAUUACAGGUCGUGCUUCAGCUGGGCGGCGGGGGAGUUUAACGGCUCACAGCUGUACGAAGUGCUCAACUCCAGCGCUGCUUCCUCCAUCGUCUGGGCGCAGAACAUGAGUACCAUACACGUGUUCAACGUGAGAGUCGUUGAUCACGAUUACAGCUUCUGUCAGCUGGAGACGAGGUUCGGAGUGCGCAUCUACGGCGCGACCGAGCCGCAGGACCUGACGACGCUCGCCGUCGCGGUGGGCGUAUUCCUCCUCGCACUUACCGUGGGCCUGGGAUUCACUUACUACUACUACAGGCGGCUGUUCCUGAACGAAUGCAAGGCACUGUGAGUCGCUUGAACUCUGUGUAGUCUUGUCGGAUGGAUAAGUUGGAUGAUCUGUGAGAGCGGGUGAUCUGCUAUUAGAUGGGAGCAAUGGCUCCGACAUUGAGUGGCACAUGCACGUGAAUUAUAUAGCUCAGCGUGCCCAUUACGAAAUCCCAACGUAGGUUAUGGGUUGCCUUUAUAGGAAUGUUGGAUAGAUUUACGUAAUGCUGCCAAUGUGUUAUUAGAGCCAUUACUAACUGCUAUGCCGUCAUGAUGAUAAGUUGCUCUACUAAUCAAAUUCCUUCUAACAUCUGCAAACUGAAAUUAUUCUAUUGAUUGCAGUAAUAAUAUAACAAUUAUAGAUGCA